UUUCUUCUUCUUCCAUUCCACACGUUCAUUCAUUAUCAGCUGGUUGCGAGUCCAAACGCGGCGUUCGGCGUUUUAUAUAUUAGAAAAUUUAACCGUUAUACAUAGGCUAGAAAUAGUAACCACCACGUGCGGCAAUGUCCCGAGGACCAAAACGUAACGUUGCCUACAUCAAACCGGACGAGCCGGACUUCCUGAAGCGGAUGAAGGCGCAGAUUGGCUACAAGGAAGGGCCGACCGUCGACGAAAAGCGUCAGAAGAUUCAAAACCUCUCGGAUUCGGAAGACGACGAUCGGGAUGAGCGAGACGAUGAGAAGCCGCAAGUGGUGGUCCUGAAGGAGGGUGAUCUUACCGCCGAGGAGGCGGCCGUGGCUAAAAAAGAGGAAGACGAAAAACCGGCUGAUCUCAACCAGAAGAUUGUUUUCAAAUCGAAAAAGCCCAAAACGGGCAGCAGCGUUGAUGACGUCCAGGUUCUAGAUCGAAAAGCUAAGAAGAAAAAACAGAAAGAAGCUCAGAAUAAGCUUUCGUUUGGUGACGAUGAAGAAGAGGAGGAAGAUUGAGCGCAGCAUCCAGAAGAGUACUGUAAGAUAAAUUAGUGUAUUGUGUAAGUCCUGUGGUAUCAGAGUGUAACAGAUAGUACUCAGUUAAGUAAUAAUUGUUUUCAAUAUUAAUUAUCGAUAAAUAUUAAACGUGUCAAUAAAGCUCAUUUAAUGGA